AUGCUCCCGGAAGAGGCUGCAGCCGCUGCCCGAAAGUCGGUCAGACGCUCAAAGAUUGCUUUCCCGGAGUUGACAAGUCCCGCGUCCGUCCAGCAGGUCUUGGCUCGACAUGCAAAGCUUGCUGCACGGUGGCGAUCUGACACCUCCACAUUCAGCGCGCUAAACCUGGAAGUCGCGGAUGUGAAGCCGUCGCUGCAAUCUCCUCUGUUCACGCUCCUCCUCAAGUCUUCGUUCAAGCCUUCGGAGAAGGCCCAGGUUCCGGAUGCUAAGCCAACCGUGGAGCCAGAACAGGACGAGCAAGCUCAACAGAAGGCCUGGCUGGCGACCAGACAGAAGCUUCUCAGCUUUCGAAAACUUGUUGAGGACUCUGUGCCUCCUGAAAUGGUUGGCCUCGGGACGAAACUGAUGAUUGUUCCCAGCAUGGACCCACUCAAGCGACAGCAGUCGGAACCGUGUCCGCCCACAUUCACCGAAAAGUCGAUGCCCAAGCGGCAAACCUCAACAAGAGAGCCGAGGAGUCGUGGCGGCUCAAGAUCAGGGAUGUCCCCUGCGAUGGUCUCUUGGACUCCAUCCGCAAAUGCCUACCGCGUCGGAACUACACCGCAGUCUGACAUUGAGAGCUUGAAGCGGAAGGUGCAAAGCUUGCUGAACAAAGUGUGCCCUGAAAAUUUGGCCACCAUCGUUGGGCAGAUCGCCGCCGUUCAGGUCGAGGGGCAAGAGCAGCUCGAAGCGAUCAUUGAGUUGAUCUUCCGGAAAGCAGUCACCGAACCACACUAUUGCGAGACAUAUGCGGAUCUGGUUUUCAGCCUCAAGUCGGUUUACCCAGACUUCCCCAGCCCCGAUGGUGGAAAGCCGGUGACCUUUCGAAGUUUGGUCCUCAACAUUUGUCAGAACGAAUUCGAGGAGCUGUUGGCAUCUUCCGACCUUACGGAAGAAGAGAAGUCCAACUGCGAUGCAGAGGAGAAGGCACACCUGAUCAAGCAAAAGAAGCACAGAAUGUGUGCAAACAUGAAGUUUAUCGGGCAUCUGUUUCUGCGACAGCUUCUGUCCACGAAAGUUGUCGGCUCCGUCAUCUGCGAGCUGGUUUGCUUCGAUGAUGACAAGACAACGCCCGAGGAGCAUGCGCUUGAGUGUGCUUGUGAGCUGCUCCUGACAGCCGGCUAUACGAUGGAGAGCCUACCAGCAGGAGAAGUGGCGCUGAGACUAGCAUGUGACAGACUCAAGGACUUGAAGGUGCGCAAGACACCUGAAGGAAAGAAUGCGUACAGCAAAAGGAUGCAAUUCAUGAUCCAGGAUGUUUUGGAGACCCGGGCCGCCGGCUGGUCGAAAAAGGUCUUCAAGGCCUCGGCCAAGACCAAAGAGGAGCUGCGCGAAAGCAGUGAGAAGGCCAGUGGAAAGGACACAGUGGCAGAGCACGUGGUCACAGGAAAGCGACCUGUGUACCUCGGCUCCAGGCUGGAACAAACCACGUCCGUUUACGUCACAAUGUGCACCGCAUUCUGCUAUGCCAGGUGA